GUCCUGGCAUCGGCGAGCGGGGAGGCGGCGGCGGCGGCGGCGCGGUGCCGCGGCUGGAGUCUCCGGGAGCGGGGGGCCGCCUGCGGUGGGCAAGGAGCGGGAGAAACGCCCAGGGGGCACCGGCUGGAGGGGUUCCGCCAGCAUGAGAGACCGUCUGGCCGAGCUGGCAUCGCGUACUCAAAAUGAAGACGGAGAAGCAACUGUUGUUGUCGAAAGUGACCAUUACAUGGAAGACUUUUUCCUGCAGGUCGAGGAAGUCAGGAAGUAUAUCUCCAAGAUCUCAGAUGUUGUGGAUGAAGUGAGGAAGAAGCACAGCAUUAUCCUCUCUGCCACGCAUCCAAAAGACAAAACGAAGGAAGAACUCGAAGAGCUAAACAAAGAAAUCAGAAAAACAGCAAAUAUAGUCCGUGCUAAAUUGAAGUCCAUGGAACAAAAUUUAGCUCGAGAUGAGAACAUUAAUCGAACUUCAGCAGAUGUCCGGAUACGAAAAUCACAGCAUUUGGUGUUGACCCGGAAGUUUGUGGACGUUAUGACAACCUAUAACGGAACUCAGACCGUCUUUCGGGAGCGCACAAAAGACCAGAUACGGCGGCAGUUAGAAAUAACUGGGAAGACCACCACAGAUGAUGAACUGGAAGACAUGCUAGAGAGUGGCAACCUUUCCAUUUUCACUUCAGACAUUAUUCUGGACACCAAAAUGACCAGAGCAGCUCUCGAUGAAAUCGAGUCACGUCACAAAGAUAUUAUAAAGCUGGAAUCGAGCAUACAGGAGCUGCACGAAAUGUUUAUGGACAUGGCAAUGCUUGUUGAGGUUCAGGGCGAAACGGUCAACAGUAUCGAGAAGAACGUGAUGAACGCAGUGGAUUACGUGGAGCAUGCGAAAGAAGAGACGAAAAAGGCCGUCAAAUAUCAAAGCAAAGCUCGUAGAAAAAAAUGGAUUAUUUUCAUUGCUGUGCUGGUGCUCUUAGCUGUACUUGUUCUAAUAAUUGGCUUGGCGGUCGGGGUGUCGUGAUGCUUAGAUACCGUCCGUGGGCAUCUCUCCCUGCUACCUCUAAAAACUUAUGUUCAUGCUAAUUUGCGUAACUGUCUUGAUUGUUAUCCUUGGAAUUAUCCUAGCAGCACACUUCUUAUAGCCACCAGCCUAUAUUCUGAGGUCGAGGAACUCCCGAAACACUUACACGUUCUCAUCAAGAUGCCUUCUCUUGCCAUAACAAGGUUUCCCUUUUUUCAGAGAUGGGAAAGUCAGUAGCUAUUUAAAUAGCUCGUAGGGCUCUAAUGUUUUGAUAUCUGCAGAUCUGAACCAAAUAUGAAAGAAGCUGGAAAGCCUCUGGUAUGAACUUAAGUUAAAGGCUGCUUUAAUUUACAUACCUGCCCACAUAUAUAUGAUGAGUUGUAACUUCCAGUACAUCAGUGUUACCAGUCAGAAAUGAGUAGAUUCAUCAUG